UUUUUUGUUUUUAUCCCCUUUUUUUCUCGAUCUGGCAUGGAUAGUGCAGCAACAGGAAUAAAUUCAAUAACUUGUCGUGCGCCGUUUGGCAAGACUGGUUCGUUGGCCAUUGUGUACAUUCGCUCAGCUGUUCUUGUGUGCUUCACUGCUCUUGGCCGUAUUCUCAUCGUGACUCGCUAAUCGCCCGAUUUUUCCUAGCGUGGCCGUUUAUUUUUAGUAUUACGUUGAGAUGGUGCGCGUCAAAUUCCCGAAUUUUCGCAACUCGGCGAAAUACCGUUCGCCUUCUGAUUCGAUGUAACGCUCGCCCUCCUGGCGGUCUUCGUCCUGUUGCUACUCGUUUUGGAUGCUCGAAAUUUCGACUCCUACGGAAGCCCUUUUAUGCUUCGACUUUGAAUUCACCGUUAAGCGAUCCUAAAUAAUGAGGUGGACCAAGUCCAGUAUUUUUCACGACAUUUAUAAUCAACCUUACGAUGACUACACCAGACUCAAGCUUUAUUCCAGCAGUAAAGCAAGUCUGCAACUCCUGCAACGUAUGUCAUUGUUGAGGCGUCUGAAGGUCCAUAAUGGCUGCGUUAAUUCUAUCUGUUGGAACAGCAAUGGAGAGCUGAUACUAUCUGGCAGCGACGAUCAACAUCUUGUCCUUACUAAUGCUUACAACUAUCAGGUUCUAACAGACUAUAAGACCAGCCAUCGAGCAAAUAUAUUUAGUGCCAAAUUUUUGCCUGAUGGCGGAGAUAAUCGUAUUGUUUCGUGCAGUGGAGAUGGCAUAAUUCUGUACACUGAUUUAAUGAGAAGAACAGAAACUUUUCAUAAUCAGUUCACAUGUCAUAGUGGGACAACUUAUGAAAUUGCAACAAUACCAGGAGAACCACAUAGUUUUCUUAGUUGUGGGGAGGAUGGUACAGUCCGAUGGUUCGAUCUUAGGGUGAAAGAUAAAUGUAGUGCUACAAGAUGUAGAGAGGAUGUAUUGAUCUCAUGCCAAAGAGCCGUGACUGCCCUAUCCGUUAAUCCUAUAGUGCCUCAUCAAGUGGCGAUCGGUUGUUCCGACAGUACGGUAAGAACGUUCGAUAGGAGGAUGCUUGGCACACCAGCAACAGGAUGGACAGACACCGGUGGAGCAGUAAGACCCCUUUGUAGUUUUACAGUACCAGAGUUUGAAGGGAACUCGUACAGGAUUACUUCUUUGAGUUAUAGUCCAGACGGUCAGGAUGUACUUGUAAGUUACAGCAGCGAUCAUCUCUACUUGUUCAGUGUAAAAGAUCAAGGCAGCGUGCAUUUGCGAAAAGACUCUGUAGUUGGUAAGGGCAAAGGUAAGAAACAUCCUUUGAGAUCACCACAGCCAGUCCGUCGUUUAAGAUUAAGAGGUGAUUGGUCGGAUACUGGACCCGAUGCUCGGCCAGAACGAGAAGGCGGUCGUCGAAAUGGAACAGAGAUCGCCCAAGCGAGGCCAGUUCUUCAUACAUCUUUGAUGCAAAGAAUGACGGAUGUUCUGAGCAGAAUGUUAAAUGAUCCUGCAACCAGGGCAGCUCUCAGUGGCGGAGGUGAAGACAGUCUUGAAGGUGUAAUCGAUCAGCAGGUAGAGGGUAAUCAACAAAGUAGUGAUAAUAACACAGAGACCAAUGAAGAAAGAAGCCCUAACGCCGACGACUCUGAAAGAGAGUCCAACGAGAGGGCACAGGCUGCCUCCGACAAUUCUACAAACGAUGAUACGGCUGACAACAACGACCAGAGCAGAAGACUUAGAGAAACAACUAGCGAGACUGAUACAACUCGGGGAGACGAAGCAUCGGAAAGACCACUCGAAUGCGAUCGAUUACCCGAUGAUACUACCGAUAACCGUGAUAUGACAUCUCCAGAUUCAAUACUCGGUGAAAGCAGACCACAAAGCCAGUUUGCAGAUGUUCCUAUGGAUACCGAAUCUAGUCACACUGAAGUUUCAAGAACUUCUAUCCAAUCCUUGAGAUCUCUUAGCAUAUCCCGAGCUGACAGUGCCGGAGAGAGUCCCAGGAACGACGAAGAACCGUCAACCGCGAACCUGGACAACAACCAGGACGAAAAUAUGAUGGAAAACCUGCAAGACAGAUUAACGACCAUGAGAGAUGGCUUCCUAGAAAGGCAUGGCAGCGAACCAGCAGUGAGCUUAACCUAUUCAGACAAGAGUUCGACGGGUGCUACCAUUUCUUUAGGCGUGGGAAACGAGAUGAUUCGUGAUUCUUAUCAUCCAGGUCACCCGGGACCGUCUGGAAGUCAGGGUCAAAGCAGUGACGUGUCCAAUGCAGGCCCGAGCACAGGUGGGCAUAAGCAGUCUGAUUACAAUGAGCCUGACGAGGAGACGUAUAAUGAUAGCGACGAUGAGGACAUGGAAACAGGCAGAAGAAUACCUAACGCAAUCGAAACCGAGAUGGACGAAGCCAUUGCCAGCGCUCGCGCGUCCCAGGAUCACGAAAGCUUCGACGAGACUUGUUUAACCGAGCUACGCGUGAAACAAAAGUACAUGGGUCAUCGAAACGCCAGUUUCUUUAGGACCAUGAUCAAAGAGGCCAACUUUUGGGGCAACGACUACGUCAUGUCCGGCAGUGACUGCGGCCACGUCUUCGUCUGGGAACGGGAAAGCGCCAAGCUGUGCAUGCUUCUCGAGGCCGAUCAGCACGUGGUUAAUUGUCUGCAACCGCAUCCCUAUUUACCGAUGCUGGCUACGUCGGGAAUCGAUUACGACGUCAAACUUUGGGCUCCGUUAAACGAAGAAUCGAGUUUUGACACUAAAUUCGCCGAAGACCUUAAAAAGCGGAACGCUGUCAUGCUGGAGGAAACUAAGGACACUAUCACUGUUCCUGCUGUGUUCAUGAUUAGAAUGCUGGCCUGUCUCAACCAAAUACGCAGAGGACGCACUCGAAUCCGGAGGAGAAGCGGCGAUGAAACCGAUGAGUUAAGAGGUGGCUAAAGAGAUUCUUGUUUUCGGCACCAGAUGCUUAGUUUGUUACAAUAUACGGCCUGACAGCUGCUUUGACAAGCACGGGAAAAAUCUGUUUAAGGGAAGAGCACUGAUCGCGUUAAAUCUCUUGUCAUGGAAAUCGAGACGCGUGUUUGUCAUACGAGUAAAUUUGGCUUAAUGCACUUCUCAUGUUUGGAAUAUGAAUUUUUGGUCGAUAACUAGUUGCGUAGUAUUAGCUAGGUUCAAGCUUCGACUUUAUGGAACGUUUCUUUGUAUACAAUUGUUUUUUCAAGAAGUUGAACUGGCGGUGCGUUAUUGUUAAUGAUUUUUUUUUGCAGUUCACGGGACGUUCCACGAAUUUAAUGUAAUUACAAAUUUCGUACAUUUUUAGAAAUUCGAGCAUGGUCACGUGAAAGAAGAGAUUUAACGCGGUAUGUAAAUCCGAACAUAAAAACACGCCCUGCGUAGGUUUGUUUGCAAAAUCGUAGACCAAUGAAAAUAUUAAAUACUAAAGGAAAAUAAUUCUCACUUCGCAAUUUUCUUACUAUUCAGCGUUUUCGUUCGGCUAGAGAUAAGGAAUAUUCAAGCUUGGUACCUUGUUGACCUUACCUUUGCAUUUUUCUUUCGUCUGCCGAUAAGCAUAGUGCAUCGGAUUGUUGCCUGUAUUUCUUGUUUGUUUUUUAUUUUAAACUUAGUAUGACAAAUUUGAGUGCAAUACGGCGUUUUAAAGUAACGGUUGUGAGUAACAAUAAGGCGUCGUCCUCCAGAGGUAGACUUUAAUUGUAGUCUACUCAAGUAGACAUUAUACAUAAAUGCGCACGUGAGUAGGAUUGAAGGACAUACAUAUCUCAGGAAGGCUUUUUUCCGAGAUGCUCGAAUCUCGACGUGUCCCUCGUUGAGCGAAACGCGUGCCUUAAUGCAAUAAUGUAAUUCCUGAUACACUGAGUGAAACAAAAGUACAGAAGUGCAUAGGUAGGUAAACUCAUAAAAUAGUUACGCAAGGGGUGUACGCAAAGAGGAUAACUUUUUUCGGGACAAGUAUUUGUUAUUUCACCGUUAAAGUCGUAUUUCUUCACCUUGAAUUUCUAGAUAACGUCCUCGAGGCAACGAUUAUCCUGGUAAAUUAUAAAACCGUAGGAAGCUUAUUUCAUUAAAAUUAAAACAAUAAAGACGAUUAAACAAAUGUAAAUAUGAUUUUUUGUUAACAUAAAUGAUUUGCAAUUGUCUCCAAUAUAUUUUUAUUCUACAACCGAAGGACAUGUACUCGGAUUGAAUUAAAUGCGUAUUUAGUCCCUGAAUGAUUGCUCUCUAAAAAUAGUUUCAGAACAACCAGUCUCAAGCCUAAGUCGUCCAGUAGUCUUGCCUCUGGAGAAUAGCCCCAAUGAUUAAUAUAAUUCUAGAUACUAAGGACAGUACUUCGAGCAAGUGGAAGUUCUGAUAGGAUUUUAACAGAGUGUUCCGUCGCGAAGCUUUUCGAUUGUAUAUUUAAUAUGGGUACGUUUACAGAAUGGUAUUAUAUGGUAGAGAUUUUGUUUAUAAUAAAAGCUUGAAGGAACGUCAA